GAUGGGUUUGGGGAUUUGGGAAUGGAUUUUGGUCAGGGAAUCAGGGGAUGGGAUUGGGGAUUUGGGAGUGGAUUUUAGUCAUAGAAUCAUGGGAUGGAUUUAGGAAUGGAUUUUGGUCAUAAAAUCAUAGGAUGGGUUUGGGGAUUUGGGAAUGGAUUUUGAUCAGGGAAUCAUGGGAUAGAUUUGGGGAUUUGGGAAUGGAUUUUGGUCAUAAAAUCAUAGGAUGAGUUUGGGGAUUUGGGAAUGGAUUUUGAUCAGGGAAUCAUGGACUGGGUUUGGGGAUUUGGGAGUGGAUUUUGACCACAGAACCACAGGAUGCGUUGGAAGGGCCUCCUAAACCCUUUUUUCCCCAACCAGGCGACACCAGAGCCAGUCACGAACACCGGGAAGCGCCGGGAGCCCAAUCCCUGCAUCCCGAGGGCCACCACGUCCCUGCUGUCCCCACGCUCCCCGUGCCGGGCGCUCACCAGGGCCGGGCAGCGAUGCCGGAAGAAAGCCAUUCCCGGGAAGGACUUGUGCCACAUCCACGCCUCCGGCAGCAGCUCAGCCACGGAUUCAUCCCCUGGUUUUGACCCUCCACCCCCUCCCUGAGGGCUUUUAAACCCCUUUUUUUCUUUUUUUUUUGGCUCUCCCAGAUCCUGGCGGAGAACACACGGAUGCCGUCGGAUGUGGGUUCGGGGCAGAGGCUCCUUGUCCUGCCAGUUUUAGGUCAUUUGCAUAUAUUUGGUUAUUUGCAUAUAUUUUAAUAAACGCCACAUUUCCAGCUGGA